AAUUGUGUUUUGAAUUUAAAGUUAUCAAAUUGACUAUCAUAUCAUGCUUAAAACUUGGUGUGGGCCAUAGUCUCGUCUCAUGGGAAACAGAUUCUGGUAAGGUUUUGUCACUGUACGAUCGUGAGAAUGUUGAGCUUAGUGCGCUCAUGUAAAAGAUUGAAUGAACGGUUAUUUAUCACCACUCAGUGGAACCAAUUCAAAGCACAGUGUCUUCAGUAUUCAAAUAAUCAUGAUAAUGAGAGAAUUGAAAAAGGAAAUGAUGCGAUUAAACCCAUGGAAAACUUUGUCAACCGGAAUCCGAGAAAUUUAGAAAGACUGUGUUACACUAUUAAGGAUUAUGGUUGGGGAAUGGAAUGGGGAGGAUAUGCCAAAAUAUUAUCAAGCAAUUUUCCUAGAAGAAACUAUUAUCACAGACUUAUUCUGAGACAUUCAUCGUGGCACAUGUAUGCUGAAGUUGAACACCAUACUGGUCGCAUUGUUAUCGAUGCAUCAACAAGAGAAAAGUACAUUAGAAAGCGGUUACACUGUACUACAGAUGUUUCUGCAGCAGCUAACCUUGGAAGAGUGAUAGCAUCUCGGUGCUUGAGGGCUGGCAUUUCAUGUGUUUCGUUCAGAUUCCCUGAAUUAUAUGAAAUCGAAUCAGAAAGCAUAAAUCUCUUCAAAGAAGCAGCUGAAGCUGAGGGUUUGUGUCUAGAAGAGCCAUCUUACAGACGACUCGGACAUGUGAAGCCGCAUGAGCUACCAACUGGGCCCUCUCCUCCAGAGGUUGAGUAAACAUCAGGAUCAUGGUGAAAAGCCGAACUGAUCAAUCGACUGUUCAGCACUCAUCUCACUCAUCCUCCUCCAGUCCACUAGAAUCAUUUUCGCUGGUUUUGAGAAGUGGGAGGACAAAUAAGUGAAGUACUUCAAAAACAAUCUGUGAAAUGCAAUUUCCCAUAUUAGGUACUGAUCUUAUAUGAAAAAGUAAGUUUGUUUGUUACUUACCUCAAUAAAAAUCAGAAGUACAAUCAA